AGAUAGAGAGAGGAGAGAUAGAGAGAGGAGAGAUAGAGAGAGAGAGGGACUGACUGACUGCAGGAGCAGAGAGGCGGACAGAAGACAGAAGCUCCGACUUCCAGGCAAACAAACCGGGAGGUCGCCAAGCUCCAAGCCGGGCCAAGGAGCGCGACCGCCGGCAUGACGAUCGAGUUCGCCCCGCUGAACAUCCCGCUGCGGAGGAGACUGCAGACAGCUGCCGUCCUGCAAUGGGUCUUCUCCUUCCUGGCUCUAGCUCAGUGCUGUCUCGCUGCCUUCAUGCUGUUGGCUCUCUCUGAUUGGUGGAUGGUGGCCCUGCUGUAUGCUGGUUGGCUGUGGCUGGACUGGGACACGCCCACCAGCGGGGGUCGGAGGUCAGAAUGGGUCAGGAGGUGGAGCGUCUGGGACUACUUCAGACAGUACUUCCCCCUCACGCUCGUUAAAACCGUCGAUUUGGAUCCAAAGAAAAAUUAUAUUUUUGGAUUCCAUCCACACGGUGUGCUGGUAGCUGGAGCCUUUGGUAACUUCUGUACGGAGUCGACGGGUUUCUCUCGGUUGUUUCCUGGACUGAAGUCUCACCUGCUGAUGCUUCCGUUCUGGUUCAGAGUCCCUCUGUUCAGAGAUUACAUCAUGUUUGGAGGUCUGGUGUCCAGCUGUAAGUCCAGCCUGUCGUACCUGGUCAGUCGUCCUGAAGGAGGAAACGUUGCGGUCAUCGCGGUGGGCGGAGCUCCAGAGGCGCUGGAUGCUCGACCAGGAGCUUUAACACUCCAGGUGCGAAACAGGAAAGGUUUCAUCAAGAUGGCUCUCAAACACGGAGCUCAGCUGGUUCCAGUCUUUUCUUUCGGAGAGAACGAGCUGUUUGAUCAGAUGGAGAACCCGACUGGUUCCCCUCUGAGGAGGAUGCAGAACCGGUUGCAGAGCAUCAUGGGAGUAGCGAUCCCUCUGUUCCACGCCAGAGGAGUUUUCCAGUAUAGCUUCGGACUGAUUCCAUACAGGAUGCCCAUAAGAACCAUAGUGGGGAAGCCCAUCCCGGUCCUCCAGACUCCGAGUCCCAGCAGCGAGGACAUCGAGUCUCUGCAUCGAGUUUACCUGCAGCACCUGACCGAACUGUUCGAGGAGCACAAACACACCUAUGGCCUGCAGGAGCACCAGCACCUCACCUUCAUAUGACCAACAGACCACUACAGACAACCUAUAGACCACUACAGACCACUACAGACCACUUACAGACCACUACAGACCACUUACAGACCACUACAGACCACUUACAGACCACUACAGACCACUACAGACCACUUACAGACCACUACAGACCA